AAGGAGUCGAAAUGAGUUUAAUAAAGUAUAUAUUAUUAUUAUGUGCUUUAAACUAUGUAGUCGGUAAAGCAUACAGCAAACCUUUGACGGAGUCGAUGGGACAGGAGGUGAUAGAAAUUGCUGCGCCGAUUAAAGAACUGCCCCAGGAUCUAGAGGAAGAGCCAUCAGCAGAGAAUGAGGAUGUCAAACUUUCGUCUACCAUACCACCUGCUACGAAGAAGGAAUUCAACAAGGCUCCUGUGCAGAAUGACCCGAGCAAAAAAGUAAAAGACAUAGACAAAAUAGACGGCCGCAGACAAGAGGACGACGAGGCAAAGAUCGAGAAAGAGCUUGCUGACAUUUAUAAAGACUCUUUGGAUUACAAAGCAGACAGCGCGGAAGUGACCAAAACCAACCAGCUUCAGCCAACCAACGCUUCAACUUCCACGACUUUCGCUGCACCAGAAGACUUCACCAAUGACACUGCUGAAGAGCCAGCCUUAAGACAUUCAGGGAGAUCCCAAUUCAAGUUUGCACCGGAUUCAAAUGACCCGCGAGACAUUUCGAGAUUCAGGACUUCGAUAGAUGAGAUCAACUGUAACAACAGAUUGAGUGCAACCAAAGAACCGGGAGAGGAGCCCAAAGCCGCUGGCAGCAGAAUAAUUGGAAACACAUUUUUCUUUCGCAUUGUUUUACUUUACAAACUUUACACCCUUGUGUUGUAAAAUUGAAUUGAUUUGAUUUGUUGAUAUAAAAUUAUUUGUUACGUUUU